AUGGAGGACGGGAAGCCGUGGGCGCCACACCCGCCGACGCCUUCCAGCUGGGAACCAUCGUGGACAUCGGCCGACAGCCUGAGCAUCGAGCCCCUCAAACAGAAGGGCAAGGAGCCCGUGAAGCGUAUUCUGGCCCUGACGGAGACUUGUCUGGUGGAGCGAGACCCGCUUCGUCGCACAACAUCGUCACCAUCAAACCCUUUGGAGAGGUUUUUGCUCUCAUCUGUGACGUGGACAACCCUCAGGUGUUUACGGUUGAAUUCAUUCCAGGUCAGAUCAGAAGGUUUUCCUCCACAGAAAGAUGGAAACUUUGCAGAUGCAGUGUUCAGAUUCAACGCCAACAUCUCCUACAGUGGAGUGCUGCAUGCAGUCACCCAAGAUGGUCUUUUCUCCGAGAACAAAGAGAAGCUCAUCAACAACGCCAUCCUGGCUCUCUUAUCCCAGGAGGCCGAGCUGCCGACUCUUAACACGGAGCUGGAGAGACAUUUCCAGGCCAUUCGACGCCUGGUGGCCUCCAAGGCCGGCUUCCAGGCCUUUACCCAGCUGCCCAAGUCUGGUCAAGGGUCUGGAGUCACAGAUGCAACGUUCAGGGAAAAGUUGGGAGUAAAGACCGUGAAAGCUUUAAACGGAACAACAGUGUGACGCAUGCUGCUGUAGACAUGCUCUGUGCACUUAUGUGUCCGAUGCACGAUGACUACGACCUGAGGCAGGAGCAGCUGAACAAGGCCUCGCUGCUGUCUUCAAAGAAGUUCCUGGAAAACCUGCUCGAAAAAUUAAUCACCAACGUGGACCAUGGAACAGGAGCUCUGGUCAUCAGCGCCUUACUGGACUUCUUAACCUUUGCCCUCUGCGCCCCCUACAGUGGAACCACAGAGGGCCAGCAGUUUGACAUGCUGCUGGAGAUGGUCGCCUCUGAUGGACGCACCUUGUUUAAACUCUUCCAGGUAGUUGAGCCAUGUGAAUAGAACGCGCCUCCCUAAUUAUGAUGUGGAUUCAGGAGAUGCUCGUGUGUUGACUUAUGCUGUCCUUGUGCACAUUCUCACUCAUGUUUAAAUUGCGAAGACAGAUGUUUUCCACUCCAGGCAUGUCUGAACAUGGCCGUGUUAAAAAGAUCUCCUUCUUUUACACUGUGGGGGGGGGGGAGGGUGUUGAGGUUGGUGGCACCAUCUAAAUGAUUAAUAAGCCCGUGCUGCCUGCUCUUCCACAAACUGAAUCAAUGCCUCUUAACCCACUUGUCCUGGAAACCUCCCGGCUUCUUUUUCUUUUUCUACACUUGUCAAAAUGGCUGAUCAACGACAUAUUUUGAUUGGCUUGCUUACACUGAACGUUUCCGAAUGAUCUUUUAUUUUUACAGCACAUGCUUCAUUUAUAUUUGUUGUUGGCGGCGAGUGAUCUUGGAGAAUAUAAAUAUCAAGCAGAUUUGUCGGAUAAUAAAUGAAGUAUUUUGUU